GACUUAUUUCGAAAGAUGCUUUUGUCGAUGUCGAGUUUGACGUAAAACAACUUCAAUUUGCUCCAAUUUCGUUGUUUCGUCGUAGUGGUUUUUAAUGUAAUUUCUUUAUAUGAGUGACAUAAGUGGCACCUGUAACUUGUUGCAAGGGUUGUUAUCUUACGUUCCCGUGUCCAGAGUUUGCUUCUGAGACGGUGUUCGCAGUCAAUCUGUAUGCAACUUCUACGCGUCGCCUCGACUAUGUCUUACCAAGGAUCACCAUAUUCGGGCCCGGGCGAUGAGUACGACUUCGAAGACGACGGGUACGACGACCUGGACGAAUACAGGGAGCAGGAGGAUGCAAUACCACCGCCACCAGCGGACGACAGUGACGAAGAUACUGAGGAGGCUAGUGAGACAGACAUACCCAACAAUGACGAACCACUGGAGCAUAAAGAGCAAUUGUAUCAAGACAAGUUAGCGAGCCUAAAGAAGCAGUUGCAACAGCUAGAGGAUGGAGUUCACCCGGAGUACACGCGCCGCGUCAAGAGACUAGAACACCAGCUGCACGAGAGACUCAGGCUCAACAAGAUAUACAAAGACCACGUAUAUGAUGUAGUAGAAAGAGAAUACAUAGCAGAGAAGAAGGCAGCCGCAAAAGAGUUUGAAGAGAAGAAGAUAGAGUUACGAGAGAACUUGCUCAAUGACUUCGAGGAUAAGAGGAAAAUGAUAGAGAACGAGAGACACAGUAUGGAGUUGAAUGGGGACUCUACAGAGGUGAAACCAGUAAUGAAACGCAUCCUCCGACGGCGGGCCAACGAGCCGGCGCCGGCGCCCGAGAAGCGCCGCAAGCCCGCCACCACGCUGACGUUCCAGCUGGAGGCGCGCGACAUCGACGCCGACCUGCGCGCCAUCGCGCGCCACUCGCCGCCGCCCGCGCCGCCCCGCCACACGCAGCCGAGGAAACAUCUCAACUCCAACUGCGAAUCUCCAGUUCGAGAGAAUAACGACUCGCACGACACUCGCGUGGAGGACGGCAAGCUGUUGUUCGAGCGGCGGUGGUUCCACCGCGGGCAGAGCGUGUACGUGGAGGGGCGGGACAUGCCGCGCUUCCCCGGACACAUACACGCCAUCACCGACGAGGCGAUAUGGGUGAAGAAGACGACGAAUCUAGAGCGUAUUAGGAUAUACGUGUCUCAACUCGCGCGGGGGAAAGUGACGAUAAAACGGCGCGCGUCAUAAGUGCGACAGUGACGGACGCUAGUGCGCUAGUGUGGUUCGGUCCUAACUCGCCGGUCCAUUGACAAGUACUUUGUUAAAAUAAUUCCUCCCGUAGUGUUCGUCCCAAGGUGACACACCGAUGACGGUGUACGCGUUGUAAUAUAAGAGACCUUUUAAGAGAUGUCACUCUUGUACGCAGACGCCACGCAAGACGUUUGGCGUCUGUUAUACUAAUUCAUACAUUACAACGCACACAUGCAUGUAAGAGAUGUUUUUUGACAUUUUCAGACCUUUAGCCUUUGCACGAAGGUUAUUUCUGCAGGAAAUCUCAAAAUAUCUCCAUUUUAUUUUUAUUAUACAUAGAACUACAUGUAAAAGAAAUCAUAGGCCACGGUGUCCGCAUACCCUCAGGUACCUUAAUGGUUGUUUGUCACCGACGUGGAAUAAAAAAAACAGACAAGUACGAGUCGGACUCGCCCACCGAGGGUUCCGUACUUUUUAGUAUUUGUUGUUACCUAUAGUGGCAACAGAAAUACUUCAUCUGUGAAAAUUUCAACUCCCUAACUAUCCCGGUUCAUGAGAUGCAGCCACAGCCUGGUGACAGACAGACGGACGGCCAGUGGAGUCUUAGUAAUAGGGUCCCGUUUUUACCUUUUGGUACGGAACCCUAAAAAGGAUAUAUUUUUAGACUGAAUUUCAUUAUAUCAGAAAAUGGCACUUAACACACAAGUGCUGCGGGUUACGCUCGUAGCGGGUAGCCACGGUUUCGCCGCAUGGAGCGCUUAGUCGCUACGAACAGUGUACCCGACAGUCGGGUUCUUGGCCCUGAAUAUGUUAAGAUCCUAUUUUGCAGUUAAUUUUAAAAUCGGGAGGAAUUAUACUGAGGUUGUAACACUUGUCGAUUGAGAUCAAAGGUCGGGUAGAGGCUAAUAGUUCCCUCUCGCUCGCACGCCCCAAGUAUGAGCAGGAGGUGAUUAUAACAGUCGAUUUUAAGACCACUUGCCACGUUAAGUUUAUUGAUCUGGUAGCUUAAGGGCAAAGAGUUGUUAAUAGCAAAGAGAAUAGUGUGUAUAGAGACGGAUUGUCAAAGUAAAUUAUGUAGCCACCAGUGGCGGCGCGUCAACCAUAUCCAUAGGCAAGCCGGGGCUAAUUUAGCUUACAUAUUUCCUUUAUAACACUGCUCAAAUGUCCAAAAACAGGCAAGCCGGUGGGAAUCGGCUUUUAUGGACGCGCCGCCACUGGUGCCUUUACUGCCAUCUUUCGACAGAAGAUUGAAACUGUUAGAACGCCAUUUGACUUUGAUCCUUAUUCUUUCACUGAUAUGUGUUAACUUAUUAAAUAUUAAUAUUAACGCCAUCUACUCGAGUAUAGGCUAAAGGUAUGGUGCAAUCUUUUCGAGCGAUGGCGGCAUAACCUUCAGCCUAUCCUCAGUGAAAUAAUAAUGAUCAAAGUCAAAUGGCGUUCUGACAGUUUUAAUCGUCUGUCGAAAGAUGGCAGUAAAUGUACUGUAGCUACAUAAUUUACCAUGACAGUAACUCUCUAUUUCAAAUUCUCUUUGUUAAGGGCAAAGAGUUGUUAAUAGUAGAAGAGGUGUAAAGUCUAAGAAAAAAUCGUCCUUCGUAUUUGAAAUAGAUGCCGAUGGACAUAGGCCUGUAUGCAUUCCACAGUGCCUUAGGCCCUGCAUCACCCUACUAACCCGGGGUUAAGCCAUUAAUCCAGUGUCAAUUUGUACUGGUAACCAUGGUAACUCAGGUUUAUCCGGUUUAACCUCGGGUUAGUGGAAUGGUGCAAGUGAGUCUUAGUGUCUUACUGUAAUACUCGUACUGUGUAAUAUGUUUGAAUAAAUAAAAAAUAAUAAUUAGGGCAUCUUCAACUUCAACAUUUAUUCAGCAAAUAGGACAAGGGCACUUUUACACGUCAACUAUGAAUUUACUACAAUAUCGAACAAUUCUCAAUAUCGGUAUUGUAAUCCGAUAUUGGACCGCAAUACCGGAAUUCCGGAAUUAAAACUGGUACCUAUAGAUAUUUACCGUUUUACAGUUUAUAUCAUAUUUGGAAUUUGCAUUUCACAAAAUGUACAAAAUUAUAGCAAUUUUAUUUGUAACUUCUUUUGUAAAACGGGACUAAAAAUCAUUCUAUACGGAAUUGCAAUUUUCGAUACUGGUCCUCAUCAAUUCCGGUAUUACAAUACCGUAAUAAUCAGUCAGAUAUUCCGGUAUUACUGGAUUUCGGAAUUCCGGUAUUCAUCGGUAACUUGUUAGGAUCGUAUUCCACCUAUCCAAUUUCGUUGUCCGAUGUCAGCGCGUCUCGCUCUCUCAUUAAAGCAAAAUGUGAGACGCAAUACACAUUGGACACAGAAAUUGGAUAGCUUGAUUGAAAAGUUGAUGUUUCAGUAUUCAGUUACCACAAUACAUACAGCGCCAUCUAGUGAGAGUGUCACACGGUACGAUUUUUUGUUAGACUUUAUAUAUUUUCUACAAUCAAUAACUAUUCGUUAAGAGUGAUUAUGUUGGAAAAUGUAUGAAGUGAAUAGGCGUUUCGAAAGACCUUGUACUUUUUUUGGAAAAGAGACCUGUUAGUAUUUUUCAAAUAGUUUGCGUACGGUGACAGCUGUCAUCUCCAUACAAUGUAAUAACCUUAAAACACAAAAUAUGUAUUUAGAUGACAGCUUUGGAACCUUCUUGGAUUCCAUUUUAAUUCAAAAUUCGAUUUGGAUUAAAUCCUUCAUAAAGGCCUCAGGGACUCGGGAGGAUUGUACAGUCAUAGACAAAGGACUAAGCCGGUAAUCAACUGGUCGUGCACGCAAAGGGACAUCAAGUUGUGUCAACCCUAAUAAUUGCUCGGAGCAAUGCUGAGCCGAAUGGAGCCGAGUUUGCCCGAAGUCAGGAGUUUCGCACCCCAGGCUGUAGA